CAAACACAGCCCAACCGCAUUACCUCUGCAAUCGGCCUCGCUCUCUCCUUCGUCCUCCACUCUCUUGCCUCGCUCAGUCGCUUACCCGCUGCCGCACGAUUGCACGAACAGAUUGACGAUUGAAAUCUCAAAUCACUAUUCACCACUGUCGAUCGAAAUCUCAGAUCACCACACACCACUGUCGAUUGACGAUUCUAGAGACUAGAAGUACCGAGUACGAGCUGUUGUCUGUUGAUUGAAAUCACCAGUUCACUUCACCACUGCUGGCAGUCGGCAGUCUCGCCUCUCGCUCUCUCGACUCUCCCGCUCAAAAUCUGAUUGAUGACUUAGGACCGGCCCUGCGAACAUCCAACUCGAUCUCCGGCAGUUACUAAUUCAGAACGACGAUUUGCACGCAUAUUAGUUAAAGAAUAAGGAAAUGACUACUCCUACUAGUAUCAGAACAGGUGUUCCGAAUUCGGAAGCUGUUUCUAGAGGCUACAACUUCGCCUCUACGUGGGAACAGAAUGCUCCACUGACUGAGCAACAACAAGCAGCAAUAUUAGCACUCUCUCAUGUGGUUGUGGAGCGACCAUUUCCUUCAAAAUUAUCUCAGGAAAAAAAUAUUUCCAGAGACAAUAAUGGUUUAUCUAUUACAACAAAGCACGACACUGUGGAAGAAUCUGGGGAAAUAGAUGGUGUUUUGGUCAAUACAAACCAGUUUUACAAAUGGUUUACAGAUCUUGAAGCAGCAAUGAAAUCAGAGACAGAAGAGAAGUAUCAGCAAUAUGUUAGCACCUUAACUGAGAGGAUACAAACAUGUGAUGGUAUUCUUCAGCAGGUGGAUGAAACCCUUGAUUUGUUCAAUGAAUUGCAAAUGCAACAUCAAGUAGUUGCAACAAAAACCAAAACCCUUCACGACGCAUGUGAUCGGAUGGUAAUCGAGAAGCAAAGAUUGAUCGAGUUUGCCGAAUCCCUUCGCAGUAAACUCAAUUAUUUUGAUGAAUUAGAGAAUGUUGCCACCAGCUUUUAUUCUUCAAAUACAAACGUUGCAAGUGAAAACUUUCUUCCGACGCUUAAAAAGCUUGACGAGUGCAUCUCGUAUGUCGAAAAUAAUCCUCAGUAUGCUGAGUCCAAUGUUUAUCUGGUCAAAUUUCGUCAACUUCAAUCUCGAGCCCUGGGGAUGAUACGUGCUCAUGUCCUUGCUGUUCUCAAAAGUAGUACUUCUCAGGUCCAAACAGCACUCCGAGGUAGUGGUGGAAACAAAGCAGCUGUGUCUGAGGGUGUUGAGGCAUCUAUCAUUUAUGUUCGUUUCAAGGCAGCUGCAAGUGAGCUUAAACCGGUACUGGAGGAAAUUGAAAGAAGAUCUUCGAGGAAAGAGUAUGUUCAAAUUCUUUCAGAAUGUCAUAGGAUAUACUGUGAACAGCGGCUAUCCUUGGUAAAAGGCAUAGUAUCACAAAGGAUUUCAGAAUAUUCCAGAAAGGAGACAUUACCUUCAUUAACCAGAUCUGGGUGUGCAUACUUGAUGCAGGUUUGCCAGCUUGAGCACCAACUGUUUGACCAUUUCUUCCCAUCAACUUCAGAGGAUAUCUCAAGUUUGGCUCCCUUGGUAGAUCCGUUAUGUACUUACUUGUAUGAUACACUGCGACCGAAGCUUAUUCAUGAAACAAAUUUGGAUGUUCUCUGUGAACUUGUGGAUAUUCUUAAAAUCGAAGUCAUAGGUGAGCAACUCAGCAGACGAAGUGAAUCUUUGGCUGGAAUACGUCCUACAUUAGACAGAAUUCUGGCAGAUAUUCAUGAAAGGUUGACUUUCCGUGCUCGGACACAUAUUCGUGAUGAGAUAGCAAAUUAUCUCCCCCUGGAUGAAGAUCUAGACUACCCUGGAAAGCUGGAACAAUCAGCUGAGACAAAAUCGGAUCCCAGUUCUCUGGACGAGAGCUCUGAUGUUUUCAAGACUUGGUACCCUCCACUCGAGAAAACUGUAUCCUGUCUUUCGAAAUUAUAUAAUUGUCUGGAGCAAGCAGUUUUUACUGGCUUGGCGCAGGAAGCAGUUGAAGUUUGCUCUUUAUCCAUCCAAAAAGCAAGCAAACUUGUUGCUAAAAGAUCAUCAUUAAUGGAUGGACAACUCUUUCUCAUUAAGCAUCUUCUUAUCUUAAGAGAGCAGAUUGCACCUUUUGACAUUGAAUUCUCAGUCACACACAAGGAACUGGAUUUCUCCCAUUUGUUGGAGCAUCUGAGACGAAUUCUUAGAGGUCAGACCUCGUUAUUUGAUUGGUCAAGAUCAACUUCUUUGGCAAGGACAUUGUCGCCUCGAGUUUUGGAAAGUCAAAUUGAUGCAAAGAAGGAGCUGGAGAAAAGCCUCAAAGCCACAUGUGAGGAGUUCAUCAUGUCAAUCACUAAGCUAGUAGUAGAUCCCAUGCUUUCCUUUGUUACAAAGGUUACAGCAGUCAGAGUUGCAUUGUCAUCAGGUGCUCAAAAUCAAAAGUUAGAUUCAGCUAUGGGAAAACCGCUCAAGGAUCAAGCUUUUGCUACACCAGAUAAGGUUGCUGAAAUCAUCCAGAAGGUGAAUGCAGCUAUGCAGAAGGAGUUGCCAAGAGUGAUGGGAAAGAUGAAGCUUUAUCUGCAAAAUCCAUCGACCCGAACAAUACUUUUCAAACCAAUCAAGACGAAUAUUAUAGAAGCACAUGAACAAGUUCAAUCGCUACUAAACAAGGAGUACUCGGAGGAGGAGAGGGACACCAUUGGUAUGGUGUCUAUACCGGAACUGCAAGCACAACUCAACAAUCUCAUAUAAGACUUCCAUCAUUCAAAACAUUAUGUGAAGAUUAUCAUUUUAAGCUUUUCGCUCAUUAAACCUUUUUACAAACUUCAUUUUAAGCAUGGUUUAAAGCUUUCUCACAUCAUUUGAUUUUGUUUAAUUAGGUUCCCGGCUUCCCAUCAUUGGUGUUUGAGAAUGAUUGUAUAACUUUGUUUACAACUAGAGAAUAAUGUUGUGUUAGUACCCAUUUUUAUGCCACAUUCUUAUGUAGGGUUC